AUGUUCCAGGUGGUCCGACAGAUAUGCAGGGCUCCUGUCCGCCUGGUCGGCCAUGUGGCGGCGCCCGCAGAUGGCGGCGGAGUCCUGCGACCACCGUCGAGUCGAGAGCGCAACAGGUUCUUCCGCGAAGCCUUUACACAAGCGCCGGAAGAGGACGUAGAGAAGAAACUGUCGUCGCCGUUUGUGCCACCGGCGCGCGACUACCCGUCGGCGACGGCGACGGCGGAAUCUCUCCGGGAGGCGUGGCAGCACGCGCGCACGCAGGCAGGCUUCGACACGAUAUGGAGCCAGUACAAGGUCAAGGAGCAUCGGCUCGUGAACGGGCUGGACUGGCGCGACAUGCUGGAACACCUGCAGCGGACGACGGUGCGGAUGAGCAGUGGGGCGAAGCAGAUAGCGGCGAUGCGCAUCGUGCUCCCGGGGAACUGGGAUCUGGACGUGAGCAACCGCAACGUAGACUUUGUCGACUCCAUCACGGGCCUCAAGGAGCGGCUGAGGGUGUACAUGGACCAACGGGACGCCUCGGCCAUCGUGGUGCGGGGCCAGAGCGCGACGCUGGCCAAGGCGGCCGACGAGCUGCUGGGCGUGUGCCGACACGUCAAGAUCUACCAGCUCGGCGAGCUGGCCGAGUGCGACUACGAGACGCGGCAGCUGUGGCCGGCCAUCGACGAUGCCACUGUCAGCACGUUCGGGUCCGUCCCCGCCGACAAGCUCGGGUCCGUCUGGGUGCACCGGGAGCAGGCCGAGGAGCGGUGGAUCGAGACGCGCUACGAGGACCACGUGCCCCGGCCGGCAAAGUGGACGUCGUCGGCCGACUUUGAGACCUACAUCGCCGGGCUGGCGGGCAGCCGGCUGCGGCCGCACCUGGCGCUGCCGCUGUACUCGCAGUGGAGCAAGAGCCGCGGGCGGGCAGGCGAGCAGGUCGACACCAACGGGAUCCGCGUGGGGCUCAUGAUGGACGCCUUCAUGGACCCGGCGGCGCGGCGGUUCAUCACGGCGCCGGCGCUCAACAUGGCGCUGUCCUUCAUGUCGCAGCGGGGCGGGCACCGCGCGUCGGCGGACCGGCUCUUCACGCAGGCCGAGGAGUGGGGCGUCCCGAUGGACACGGGCACCUUCAACAUCAUGCUGGAGGGCUACGUGACUAAGCGCGACUUCCGCUUCUUCCACAUGUUCCUGCGCAAGAUGCGCGCGCGGUACUUUGCGCCCAACACACGCACGUGGCUCCUCCUGCUGCGGCUGGUGCAGCAGGACGACCUGCGGCGCCAGAUCGUCGUGGCCAUGUACGAGCUCGGCCUGUUCUCCAACGCGGCCACGAACCGGGCUGUAGCGUCCAUCAUGGCACAGCAGGACGCCUACUCAGCCCUCCGGUCGGGCAGGUCCCUGGCCGACCUGAUGCGCGACCAGGCCGCACGCUACGGCGAUGCCUGGCUGUCCCGCGACGCCCUCAACGCCAUCCUGAGGGAGUACCUCCGCUUCCACGGCGAGUCGCUCCCGGACCCGGCGGCCGAGUACGGGCCCGUCGUCGAGGCCGCCGCCGGUCUGGCCGCCUCGUCGGUCCAUGACGGCCGCCCCCUGGUCGACGUCUCCACCGUCAACGUCGUGCUCGAGCACGCCGUGCGCAACCACGACUGGCCCGCCGCCCUGUGGGCCCUCGACCUCGCCCACCGCCUGUCCAUCGACCUCGUCCACGACACCUACCACCUCGUCGUCCGCCUGGCCGUCGGCUCGCGCCGCCCCCACGCCCUGGCGGCCGCCUUCUUCCACGCCUCCCACGAGUUCAAGCUCCGCCACCAGCCUCGCAGGAUGCUCCUCCCCAUCAUCACCUCGGGCCUCGUCCCCGUUCCCGCCGGUGCAGACGCCGACCCCGACGGGACCACCAACAGCCUCCGCGUGCCCCUCCUCUCAGCGGAAAUGGCCUCAUCCCUGCGAGAGCAGCCCAUGCGCGACCCGUACAAGGCCGUCAACAAGGCCAGUCGCGCCGUCACUAUGAUUUCCGUGCCUAAACCUCAGAAGAAGCAGUGGCAUAGACAGAAGCAGCAACAGCAAUACUCACGUCGUGAUCCGCCUCACGACCAGGAACCCCUGGCUGCAUAG